CAGAGAUGUAAGGGAGAGAAUUUAAAUGGACAUAUUUGGUUUGUGUGUGGGAGACUUGCUACAAGUAACUUUCUGGAGUUUUUGCUGAACAGGCUUAUAGGCUUUCCAGGGAAAUAGAAAGUUAGAGACCCAGACAGAAAACGAGAGAAUCAUGGAGAUGCAAGAAAUCCCCCGAGAGGAGGAAAGAGUGGUGGAAGUGGACGAGAGUCAGAGAAUGCUGGAGACCUCAGUCGAGGAAGCUGAAUCUACAAUCUAUUCCAAACUGAAGAGUCCAUCUGAGGACAUUUAUGCUGAAGCUACUCCUGGCCAGCCCUCUGCCAGAUACAGACCAGGAAGUGGAGGGAAUGCCAAAUUACCAGAUGAGGCAAACACAAAGUUAUCGGUUGAAGUGAAGGAACAGCAAGAGAAAGACCUGCAGGUCCUGGGGAACGUUGGUCUGUACCGCGCAGUGUGUUUACUACUGUCUGUCAUCUGUCUGGUUCUACUGCUCGUCAUCAUCAUCCUCUGUGUCAAAUUUCCAUCCCAGCCUCAGGACUGUCAUGGAACUGAAAAAGGGAUUGAGGCUAAAGAGGAGAGGUUCCAGUCCACUGAGGUGUGCAGCCUGCAGACAUGCCAAGCACAAUACUUCCAACAACAGAGCCAGGUCCCUGCCUGCCACAUGUGUGAUGAAGGCUGGCUGCACUUUGAGAGCUCCUGCUACUUCCUCUCCAGAGACAGAAUGAACUGGGAUGAGAGCAGGGACGAGUGUAAGAAGAGAGGGGCAGAUCUGGCCAUCAUAACAAACAAACCAGUGCAGACCUUUCUAACGAAGAAGGGAAACCUGAUGUACUGGAUCGGCCUGAGACAGAGAACCAGGAACUGGGUUUGGGUCAACAACACUGCACUGGGACAGAGUUACUGGUCAGGAUCCAACAGACAAGGGGAUUGUGGGUUACUGACAGGAAAGGAACCUCCUGAGAGAAGCUGGAGCUCCGCAUCAUGUGACCAGUACAGCUUCUACAUCUGCCAGAGGGGGCGCUAAAGGACAGACUUCACCAUCUGCCAGCAGUCACCAACCCUGGUCCUGGAGAGCUAUACGAUGUACAGGCUUUUGUUCCAGCCCAGCAGUAAGACACAUGAUUUAGCUAGUCAAUGAAUCACCUUGAUUAGCUGAAUCAUUUAAGUGUUGUACACCAUGUAGGUCAGCAGGGUUGGUGGCCACUGCCAUAUUCCAACUAAGAAACCUGUCAAUACGGAUUCUCUUUAGACUUCCAUCUAUCAUUCACUCCUAUUCCAUAGCCUUUUAUUCCAUGAUUACACAUCUCUAUCAACUGCCUUUUAAACCAUUAUUAUACACUGUAUGACCUAAGUCUAUAUUAUCAUUCAUUAGACAUCUAGGUAUGACCAUUGAUGGUAAAAAUAAUCCCAUUACAGUUAGUUAUGCCUUGUGAAGAACAAUCAAGUCGGCCUGCCAGUUUCAGUUAGAAUUUGCACUAAUGUUAAAGAUGAACACUCUAUAUUGCACUUAUUUGCUUGUUUUGCUGAGAUGUUUUCUAUAUGUUUUCUUAAUGCCUUUGAAUGUGAUAAUGACCGACAUGAUUAUGUGCAUUAACCAAUCAUUAGGUUUUAAGUAUUGAUUCACAAUCCUGAAAGAAACAAAAGUUGAAUAUAAUUUGUCCCUGUAAUAAAGAAUCAGUUAUUAUA